ACACUUAACGGCUAAGUUGUGCAGACAAAGCAGAGUCAAAACCCACAAAACUGUCAACACACCCUGAGCUUCCCAUUAAAGCCUGGCUUCUCUUUUUCUACUUCAGCCUCAGAUAAUAAUUCACACUAUAACCAAUAACUUGUUGCACUUUUUUUUUUUAAUCUUUUAGCUGCAGCUUUUCUCGUCCAGAUGCAGGCAGUGAUAUGACAUCUUCAGAGGGAGGAGAAAUGAAAGAGGGCACGUAGGAGUGAGAGAGGAAGAGAAAUGAACAGGAUAUAGGUGUGCACUGCAUGAGUGAGUGUGUAGAUUUCACAUGUGCAGUUUGGUCUUGAUCUUUGGUUGGAGCUUGCAGUGACUUUACUCAGAGGCACGAAGCUAGAAUCAUUCGUGCUACACUGACAGAGAGAGAGAGAGAGAGAGAGAGACAAGAAAAAGGAAGAACAGGGCUGCGUAAAACCUUCCGGCCCAGAUUCACCCAAGAUUACCUCAGCAGAACACCAAACACAAGAAAACAAGAAAAACGAUGAAUUUCUACAGCCAACUGCUCUCCUUUAAUAUAUAGCCAGGCUUUGGAGGUUUCUAUCACAUUCUCAAACCUCAAAAGUGGAUCUCCAAAGACAUUAUCAGCUCACCUGAGCACAUUUUUUUGCACAAAGACUGAUAUCUCUGACUUUUCAGCCAGAAGUAUGAACAUCAUGAGGUUCGUUUUUAGCAAUUUGCUGCUGUAUUUUGCUCUUGGAGCUUGUUUCAAGUUCACUGAUGCACAAGUGACAACAGAGCCAGAUGCACAUAUCACCUCACCAUUCACGAAUGUCAACACUGUGGGGCAAAUGUUAAGUUCUGCAACUGUGGGGGGAAUGUUAAGUUCGGAAAGCACCAUUGCUGGAAUUGUCACUGAACUUGUGACAGAACCAGGUCUGGCUCAUCCAAAAACCACACCUGAUCAUCAAAUGAGCACCAUGCCUGAAGAACCAACAACUGUGAAUCAUGUGCCACUCAGUACUCAGACUGAAUUUGCUCCUGAAAUAACAACACCGGCUGAAGUAGAGCAGACCACAAUGAUCACCACUAAUGCGCCUAUGUGGAUUGUGCCAACAACAGUAGCUGAACAAAUAACUACAGAUGCCCCAAGCACACAUCAAGAUGUAACGACUGUUGGCUUUACUUCUGAGUUGACCAUUCCUACAGAACAUCCUACAGAUGAAAUCACCACAGCAGCUGUUCAAGUGGCUACUGAUUCAACAGCCCUCGAUCCCACAUCCAUCACGUCUCAACCACCUGCAGGCUGGACUGCGCCUCUGCCCGACCUCGGGGAGACCAGCACAAUAACCUCCACUGCAACUCUAACAUCAUCUUCAGAGUCUGAAGUCACUUCUGAAGGGCGCUUAGACUUGAGGUUUGAUGACGAAUCAGUCUCCACCCAAUUUACCACUGUCCCCGGUGUAAUUUUCGAGGGUAGUACUGGUCCCAUUGAAACAAAAUGGAUAUUAAUAAUCAUAGUGUGUGUGAUCAUCAUUUGUGCACUAUGUGUUGGCAUGAUUCUGCUCGUCCAACGGCGAAAGAAAAAAGCCUCACAGACAUUUGGCCCCGUGUUCGUGAACGGACAAAGUAAACGGCCCAAGAAGAAAAAAGGGGCGGGGGAUGAUGCAUGGGCGGGGCCUGUGAAUAUGGAGGAGGGGCUUGAAUGUGACCCUGAAGUACAGGAUGGUCUUCUGCCUGAUGAUGGGAAAAAGGAUGGAGACGAAAUGGUGCUCAGCACAUUCGCCGCCCUGGACGAAGGUGACAUGUCUAAUGGUGGAGUGGGUGGGGAAGGUACUAAAGAGGCUAAGAAAUGGGAGCAGCAGGAACCUCUGCUUUAUAUUGAUGAGGAUGCGGACGGAAAAACACUGGCAGAGAACAAGACACAAGAAGGAGAUGAAAAAAGUAAGGAGAAGGAGUUGAAUGGAGGAGAAACGUUCUGUCUCACCACAGCCGUCUAAAAGACUUGUUCAAUGAAUGGAUGUUAAGGAUUUUAUAAGAAUGAGCAUUUUGAUUACAUUUGAUCAUGUGCACCCUUGUGAAAAAAGUGCACUUUAGUAUACUUUUAUAAAGUGUACUUAUUGCAUACUUAAAAAGAACACAAUUAAGUGUGAAUUAAAUGUAAUGUUUUCAGCCGCUUAAGUGCAUUCUAUUUGUAAUUAAUUUCAAAUGUAUCACAGAUUAAGUUCAUAUUAAAUGCAAUAAGUUGAACUUUUGAGUGAUUUUUUUUGAACAACUUAAGUGGUACUUUAAUACAACUUUAUGAUAACCUUCAUAAUUACGUCUAGUAUGUUUAAAAUAUAGUUGAAGUGCACUGCUUAAUGUACUGACAAGCAAUUAAUGUGAAAUAAAAUAUAUUUUAAUAUCAGUUAUUAAUACACUUAAGUGUGAAUUAAAUGCAAUGUUUUCAGCC